AUGCGCAAUAACAAGGCAGACAACACCCAGCGGCAAGAAAAACUCGGCUUGGACAGAAAGAGACAGCGGCAGAGACGCGUCUGGAGGCUUACAAUUGAGUUGCCAUUUUAG